UCUUCUCAUGCAUCCUAUUUUUUGCUCCUCCCUCGCUACACUCCCUCCCCACCUUUCACCGCUUCCUUCCACCCGCAUGCGUCGCUACUUGAGAAACCGACCAAGAAGAUCAUACCACCACUCCUCCGUCCACACACACACACACACAAAGCCGCCCCCAACAGAACUCGCCAGAGCUCCGGCACCCUCGGCCAUGGACGCGACGAUCGGAGACGUGAGCGUGGCGUCGUCGGUGGAGCGGGUCUUCGAGAGCCAGCCGCCGCUGCCGGGGACAUGGGGCCAGGUGACGCUGCGGUCCAUGGCCAUCUCGGUGGUCCUCGGCACCGUGUUCGGCUUCGUCGGCCUGCGCAUCAUGAUGAAGGCCGGCAUCAUCCAGGCGCUCAACCUGCCCAUCAACGUCCUCAGCUUCUUCUUCCUCAAGUGGCUCAUCAACCUCCAGCGGGCCGCGGGCUUCACCACGCUGCCCUUCUCGCGCCAGGAGAACGUCCUCAUCCUCACCACCGUCACCACCUGCCUUAACACGGCAAUAUGCGGUGGCUUUGCAAAUUAUGUAGUUGGAAUGACUUCAGGUGUAGCCAAAUCACUGGGAGAAAAUCCGAAUCCAAGAGAUAUUGUUGACAAUAUACCGACUGGGCGAUGGAUGUUGUUCCUUUUCUUGAUUGGUAUGGUGGGAGUAACAGCUAGCGUGCCACUCAACCAGGUCAUGAUCGUUGACUACAUGUUACUAUUCCCAACAGGAACUGUUCAAGCUCACCUUAUUAAUAGUUUUCACACCCCUCAAGGAGCUCUUGUAGCAAAGUUGCAGGUUGCAACUAUAUUCAAAUUUUUUCUGGGUAGCUUUUCUUGGACUGUAUUCUCAUGGCUCUAUACAGCAGGCAAUGAUUGUGGAUUUUCUAACUUUCCAUUGUUUGGACUAGAAUUAUACAAGCACAGAUUCAAAUUUGAUUUUUCCCCAACAUUUGUUGGUGUUGGAAUGAUUUGUCCACAUGUAGUAAAUUUUGCGUUACUCUUCGGAGGAAUCAUAUCUUGGGGAUUGCUAUACCCUUUUCUUGAAUCAAAACAUGGGCAAUGGUAUCACACUGGUAGUCCUUCAAGUCUUACGGGAAUGAACGGAUACAAGGUCUUCAUUUGCAUAACAAUUAUCAUCACAGAUGGAAUAUUCAACUUUCUUACAGUCAUUAUUGCAUCUUGUAUUGACAUUAAGCACAAGCGGCAAGAUGAUGAUUCAGGGUUGAGUAAUUACAUGAAAAAACACCCUAGCCUUAACUACGAUGAUCGUAAGAGGAUUGAGGUAUUUCUUCAAAAUAAAAUCCCCUUGACUAUAUCAGUGGGAGGAUACAUCGCAAGUGCAACAAUCUCAGCAGUUGUUAUCCCAUGGUUGUUUGAUCAGAUUAAAUUCUAUCAUGUUGCCACAUUAUAUAUCAUCAUGCCGGUCAUUGCGUUUGCAAACACAUAUGCAAAUGGACUUACAGAUUGGUCAGUUGGUUAUACAUAUGGGAAGUUUACAAUAUUUGUUUUCGCAGCAUGGAUUGUGAAACCGGGUGCAAUUGUUGCUGGCCUUGUAGCUUGUGGAAUAGUCAUAGCAGCUCUACACAUUUCUUCACAAGCUACACAAGACAUCAAGACAGGUUACAUGACACUCACCUCAGAAAGAGCUAUGGUCAUUGGACAAAUUGUUGGUGUAGUUAUUGGCUCUAUUGUUAGCCCAUGUAUAUUUCUUGCCUUUCAAAAAAGUGAUAAGCCCGGGGUUACUAUUGGAUCUGCUCAAUCACAUUACCCUUGUCCUUUUGCUGGACUCUUUCGUGCCAUUGGUGUGAUUGGUAUUGGAGGAGUGAAUGAGCUACCUAAGUAUUGUCUUACGAUGUGCUUUGCUGCAUUUUGCAUCACAAUUCUCACAGAUGUACUUUCAUUGGUAUCUCAAGGAAAAGGUUGGAAAUUACACAAGUAUCUUCCUAAUAUGACAGUGGUAGCACUACCAUUCUUUGCAGGGCCUGAUUUCCCCAUAGAUAUGUGCCUAGGUACCGCGGUGUUGUAUCUAUGGACUAAAAUGAAUAGUAGAAGUGCAAAUUUGUUGUCAUCGGCAGUUGCAGCAGGCCUUAUAUGUGGAGAGGGACUAUUUGCAUUGCCAUCAGUACUACUCACUAUGUUCAGUAUACAACCACCAAUGUGCAUGAAGUUCUUUCCCGGUGGAAAAGAAGUUGUUGUGGUUGAUACAUUCUUACAUAAUUUGGAAACACCUACAAAGACAUGA